UAUUGUCUAUGUAUCAUAUUUCAAGAAAAUAUUAGACAUUAAGGUGAUAAAAAAAGAGAAAAAUGUUCAAGUUACAGAAGCAGAAUAAUAAACAGGACAAUUCAGGAGAAAGGGUUGAUUUCAGAUUCUCCAAUUUUCAACUACUUCAGGUACCAAAAGGAUGGGACAGGCUAUCUUUGUCUGUAAUAUGUGUAGAAACUGGAAAGACAGCAGCAAAGCUAGGCAAAACACUCGUGAAAAACGGAAGCUGUCAAUGGCCAGAGACUCUUUUGGAAUCCGUGUGGAUUUCACAAGACGAUUCAUCUCUAGAGCUCGAAGAAUCUCUCUACAAGUUUGUUGUUGCAAUGGGCUCUGCUAGAUCUGGUCUACUUGGAGAGGGAACAAUUAAUCUAGCAUCAUAUGUUGGCUCAAGAAUGUCUUCUCCUGUUUUGGUUCCUUUAAAGAAAUGCAAUCAGGGAACAACACUACAGGUGAAAAUUCACUGCCUAACACCAAGGAGUAAAUUCAGAGAUGAAUUGAAAUCUUCAGGUUCUGGUGUGAAAGAGCAUGGUUUAGAUCAUGAUGUUGACAGUAAAUCGAACGAGUCUGGCAACUUCUCUUUUGGGAGUGAUGUGCUUCCAUAUGAUCCCGGCUCAAACUCGGGUCCAAGUAAACUUGAGAUCAAGGGGAGAAGUUUCUCGGCAUCCGGAUCAAAUAACAGCUUUAGCUCAGCUGAGAGUUUUACGCAAAAAGAAAAGUUCCCCUCCAGAAAUCACUUAAAGAAUGAAGGAUCCAAACAAGUUAGAGCAAGUCCUGACCAUACUUCACCUCAGAAUGAUCAUUUCAUCGAUGAUCAAACUGUUUCAAACCGAUCAUCAUAUAAUACAAAAGCCACAAUUUCGAUGGAGCAUCUGCAGAACAACGGAAAAGAUUUCACAGCGUCUUCUGUGACAAAUUCAGGCUCUUCAAGAAACCUUCUGGAGGCUGCAGAAGAUACAAUUGAAGAACUCCGAAUAGAAGCCAAGAUGUGGGAGAGAAAUGCUCGGAAGCUCAUGCUCGAUUUGGACAUACUGAGAGAGGAAUUCGCGUCUCAGUCGAAAAAGCAAGCAGACUUGGUGAUGGAUCUCUCAGCUUCCUAUUCAGAGCAAGGUAACUUGAAAAGAGAGAUUGAGAAUCUCAAACUAAUGUUGGAGGAGUCAACAUCGAAAUACGAUGUGGCAGAGGAUUCGAUAUUUCAACCAAGAGGUCAGAGGGAGGAACUGGAAAAUGAAGUAAGACAUCAACAAGAGUUCAAUGCCAGUUUAGCCUUACAACUAAAAGGAAGUCAGGAAUCGAAUAUCGAGCUCCUCUCGCUUCUUCAGGAGCUGGAAGAAACUAUAGAACAGCAGAAAGUGGAAAUAGAGAAAUUUUCAUCUUGGAAAGAAUCGGAAGAGACAUUGCAAAGAAGUGAUCAACCCCUCACAAAGUCAUUACAAGACAAAAAUCACAAGCUUGAAAGUGAACAGACAAUGAACAGACAGAUGGAGAUUGGACACUCCGAGAAAGAUAGUACUGAGCUAAUAAGAGAUACUGAAGCAUUACGAGAGAAAAUACAGGAGCUCGAGAGGGAUUGUGCUGAGCUUACUCAGGAAAACCUGGACCUUCUGAUCAAGUUUAAGGAGUCCGGUUGUCAAGUUGGUGAAAAUGAAAACUCCGAAGACUUCACUCAAUUAGUGAAGCAGCUUGAAGUAGCUUUCCACCAUCUAAAGAGACCAUGGCAUAAACUUUCGUCCAGUGUGAGUGAUCAGUGCAAACAUCACCUGGAAAACUUGGCAAAUUUGAACGAGGACGGUGCAAGCUCUUCAAAACUAUUGACAACCAACUGUGUCCUUACGUAUCUGUUUGACCUGAAUAAUCUCUUGGAAACUAGAACAGUUGAAUGCGAGGAAUGUCUUAAACAGCAUGAACAGAAGAUCCAGGAGAAAAAUAGAAAGCUGGAAGAUUACAGUUUUGAGGUUCAAGCACAUGAGAUCUCAAAGGCAAAACUACAAAUGCAAUGUUCCGGUCUACUAAAAGAGUUGGAUAAAAAACAUUCCGAGUUACAAAGCAACGAGGAGGAAAAAAGCCGCCUUUUGGAGCAUCAAAGAGAACUAGAAGGUAAAGUAGCUGGUCUUCAAAAGGAAAAGGAUCAGGUGGAAGAAAACAUGAAAAUCGUCUCAAGAGAAAGUGUCAUGACCUCUAGCCACUUGGAUGAUCUGCAAAGUGAUUAUAAGGAGCUCAGCAAUAACAUGAAUGCUCUAGUUUCUGAGAACAAGCUUCUGGAAAGGAAACUAGCACAGCUCGAAAGUGAAAAACAUACAUUGGAGGAUCAGUUUGUAGGAUUGACAGAGAAGAGUGAAAAUAUGGAAUCACAAAUUAGGCUCAUGACAGUUGAGGGAGAAUCUCGUCAAUCAGAGUUGGAAGAAUCCAAGUCUGUCAUAAUGAAUCUUCAAGAAGAAAUUGAGAAGUUAGAGAGUGAGACGAAAACGAGCAUUGCUGAUCUCAAAGAAGAGUUAGAAGACAUGCAGAUCCUAUGGUCACAAGCUCGAGAAGAAUGUGAACAUCUCACCGAUGAGAAUGAAAAGUUACAAGAAUCUUUACAGAAUCUUCUUGAAAUGGAAAGAAAGAAUGCAGAACAGAACGAGCAUCGUAUGCAGCUAGAAGCUCAGCUGCAUGAAUCACAGAAAAGCUUGUCUAAUAGUUUGAUAAAGGUUAAGGCUCUGGAAGAAAAUCUCAAUGCAAUGUGGAAAGAUUUUUCCUCGAAAGAGGAGAAACUGAAUGCUGAACUAGACGAACUCAUUCAAGAGAACAAGAACGAAAUUGAGAAACUCGUGCAACAAGAAAGUUUGUCUAAUCAGAAAUAUUUAGAGAACUUGAUGGAAGUUGAGACCCUCGAGAAAGAGGUAGAACAACUAACCAAGAAAAUUUCUGAAAUGGAUGAGGAAAGGAGAUUAGCCACUGACACUGUAAACGAAGUUUCCAGUUUACGUGCUGAUAAAGAAAAGCUCGUAUCAGCACUUGAUGACUUCGAAUCAAAAUGUACAUUGACUGAGAAGGAACUUUCUGCUUCAAGACAAAGUUAUGAGAAGCUGAUGAUUGAUCAUACAAAGAUUUUGAAACUUUUACCAAAUUACAGGGCGAAUGAGGAAAAGCUUAAGACGUCUAUUAAUGACCUUGAGUUGCAGCUCACUCUUUCGCGUUAUGAACAUCAAAAGCUUCAUGAAGAAAGUGCUAAUCUGAAGUAUCAGCUGCAGAAAACAAAGGAGCUUCAGGAUGAAGUGUUCAAUCUGAAGAGCGAGCUCACAGAUUGCAUAUCCGAAAAGGAAAGGUUAGAAGCAUCACUGGAAAAAAUAUCCAGAGAUUUUGAAGAAAUGAAGGCUGAAAAGGCCUCGUUUGUUGGUAAGAUCUCCGACUUACAGAAGGUCUUGUUGGAGUUGGAGAACAGCAAUAGAAGGAGAAUUUACUUGGAAGAAAAAGUUGAGCAAAUGGAAAGUGAGUUAACUGAAAAGGAGAAAUUCUUUGCACAAAAGACUGAUUUGAGAAAUGAGCUUAGUGAAACUAAGAAAGAUAAUGAGCAAUAUCGGCAGAAAAUAUACAAGAUGGAGGAGGAGAAGGACAAUUGCUUGAAGAAAGUUUUCUCACUCGAAGCGGAGGUGAAAAUGAUGGAGGAGGAGAAAAAAUUAUACGCCAAAAAGUUUGAACAGAAUGAUACUCCUAAGAGCAACAAUAAGUACACUAACUUCAAUAGAGCACCUCAAAAGCUUAGUCAGUCCCAAGAACUUCGGGUGGAUCGACUUCAUUCAGAUCGCAAAAGUAGCGAAUCAGAGGGUGAAAAUAGUUUCUCCGACAAAAUUACUUCUUCCGUUGAAGUGGAUUACUUGGCUAGAAUACAAUUGCUUGAGAACAAGCUUGCUGAAGCAUUAGAGGCAAAUAAGAAGUACAAAAUUCAGCUUCAAAGGUUCAAGACUGAGGAACGUAGAGGACAUUCACCGGCUUCCAAGAAGUCAGAAGGGGACAGUGAAAUGGUGAAAAGGUUCGAACAUACAAAGGCAUUACUAGAAACAGAACUAAAAGACAUUCGAGAACGAUACUUUCAAAUGAGUCUAAAGUAUGCUGAAGUAGAAGCACAGAGAGAGGAUCUUGUUAUGAAACUGAAGGCAGCUAAGAGUGGAAAGAGAUGGUUCUCUUGAAUCACGACUAGCAUUCUCGCGGAGCAUUCAUCCUAACCUUAGGUAAACCAAACCACAUUUUCACCUAUGUUGCUCGGACUCUUCAACAAAUGUCCCCUGGUGCAUGUUAGAUCUUCCAAAAGUACUACAUUUUUCGAGGAUCUAACACAGGUGCAACAACAUUUUUGCAGAGAUACGAGCUAUAUAGUCUUAGCACAUAUAUUACCAUUGUAAUUUAUUGUCAAAAUAACUAAAGCAAGAUAUAGACAAUAAAAAAUUUGAACCAAAUAAGAUUGUUACAGUGGCAAGGCAUAGUGAAUUUUUUA